CAUUGAGGUCAACGGGUGUCGUUAGUCAGUUAUUAAUUGGAAGGAAGUAAAAAACCCUAUAAAAGAACCACAGUUGGUUGUCUGAAACACUCAUUUGCGGAGCAGUACCUUAAACAGAGCAACAUGGCUUUACGAAGUGUGAGCUUUUUAGGGUUAAUAUGGAUCUCAAGUCUGAUUGGAGGUGUCUUUUCACUACCAGUAAAGGGUUUUGGCUCAAAUAAUCCUUCCCCAGCAUGGAGUGACUUCAGCAGUCCUGGUUCUGCUUAUCAUGUUGGUCAAGACUUCUUGGGGUACAUUUUUGGCAGAGUACUAAAAGAGUACUACAGACAAGAGCCUCCAGCUUGGUCCCCGCAGAACAGUGACGCUAAGGCUGAUGGAGGGGUCCACUCAAACUACGACUGGGAUAUGGAUAUUGGAGACUCUGGCGAGGACGGUGGUAUGCACCCUGGUAGUUAUGAUUACCACCAUGUUCAUGAAGGCCACGCUGAGCUAGUCCCCGCCAUGGAGGAGUUAUUCUCCACCAUGGAGGAGUUAUUCUCCGCCAUGGAGAAGGUAGUCUCCGUCAUGGAGGAGAUCUGCCAUGGAGGAGGAUCCGGCGGUGGAGAACCCGGCGGUGGAGAACCCGGCGGUGGAGAACCCGGCGGUGGCGAACCCGGCGGUGGCGAACCCGGCGGUGGCGAACCCGGCGGUGGCGAACCCGGCGGAGGAGGGACUAGUUACAGCAAACAUCCUAACUUCUCAUCCUGGCUUAAGCUAGGGAUUCGGAUAGGGAAACUCCUAAUUUGCUAUUACAGAGGCGGUCCCUAACCUGUUGGCUGUUUCCUAGCAUAUUAUUGGCCUCCUAUCUUAUCUUAAUUUAGGUAAUCCAAACUGUUCUUUCAAUCUGAUUUUUCGAUCGGCAAUCGUCAGGUUAUGUCUGUUUCUGCACUGUGCAUGAGAAUGAUGGAACAAGUUACUUUUAAUGUCAACAGACUGUUGAGGAUCUUUGUUAAUAACGGAAAGCUAGUAGAACUAUUACUACGGUCAUGGCAGGUAUUGGUACAGGGAACAAGAAGAGGUAGAAAAGUAAUUCUUCCACCAAAUUCAAAAUUAAAUGUCUUUGCAGGCGAUGAAAUUUAAAUAUGGUCAGGAAAAUUUAACAAAUCAUUAUGCGGUCUCGGUAGCCUUUCAGCCAUCACAUUUCUGUUGUGAUGUUCCUCGUCUUCAUUGUCAUACAGACCUACUAGCAGUGCUGCUAGUAGUGUACGGCCACCUAACUUAGGGAUCCUAACUUAAAUUCCUAACUUAGGAUAGUUCUGUAAUGGCUAAAUUCCUAUCUUAGGAUAAGAUAGGAUUUCUUCCUAAGUUACUGAUCAACUGCAAUGUCUUUCAUUUCUAAUGGCUGUAAAUGAAUAAAUCAUUGCUUUUAAAAUCAGUUUCCUUUUGCUUUAAUAAAAGUUGGUAAAGAUGUGCCAAUC